CUCCCCUGGCUGGGGCAGGGGCUGGUGGCGGGGUUUGGGAAGCCCAUGAGGGGCAGGGUGGGGGGGCAGCUGGAGAGAGAUGGAGCCGGCCCAGGCCGAGGGGAGCGCCGGGGGGCAGUGGGAUGGGCCCCCCAUAUCUCUGCCCCCCACAUCUCUGCCCCCUUCCUGUUCCAGGCCAUGACUAGUUUGGAGAGUGAGGGGGCGGUGGGGGACAACGCCCAGCCGGGCCCCCCCAGCCCAGCUUCCUUUGGGGGCUCAGCCCCCACGACUGACCCCCUGGUGCCCCCAGACGAGGACGUCGCAGGGAGGAACCCUGGGGGCGUCUCGGUGGGACAGGACCGGACCAGCAGCGACCGCCCUGCCCCGGACAGCUCCGACUCCCCCACACCGACAGAGGCCGACCCCCUGGACCCCUUCGACCGGGAGCGGCUCUUCGACCUGCUCUUCCGCUCCCAGAGCCGGCGGCUGAAUGAGCAGCGCUGUGUCCUGCCCGGCCUGCGGGGGGCGCCCCGCCACGACCCCGCCCGGCCCUGGCGCUCGCUGCCCGGGACCCCCACCGAGGGCCUGCUGGGGGGAGCAGGGAAGUUCUGCUCGCUCACCUCGCUGCAGGCCGAGCAGUUCUUCGAGCUGGUGGCCACGGCCCAGGCCCGGCGGCUGGACGACCAGCGGGCUGACUUCGCGGGGGACCCCGGGGCCGAGGAGGGGGCUGAAGAGGGGGCUGAAGAGGGGGCCAAGGGGCCUCCGGAGCCCCCCGACCAGGGGGAGGAGUUGUACAGCACCAUCCUCACCCACCAGAGCCAGCGGCUGGAGGAGCAGCGCAGCGACCCCCCCAUCCCGCUGGGGGCCCAGGAGCUCUUCGACCUGCUGCUGCGGGUGCAGGGGGGACGCAUGGAGGAGCAGCGCUCGGAGCUCCCCCCUGCCCUGCUGCCCCACCCCUGCUGAGCCCCCCCCCGAUGGGCAGGGGAAGGGGGGGCCAAGACCUGGCCCUGCUCGCUGCAGGAAUGGGGGAGACAGCAGCUGAAACGGGGAGGGCUCAUUCCCUCCCCAGUCCCCCGCUGAUAGCUGAGAAUGGACACAACUCGCUGUAGAAAUGGGGGUCCCCCGCCCCCCCUGCUAACACCUGGGGGCUGGGAAUGGACACAGCUCAUGACGGAAAUGGGGAACCCCCCAGGAAGCCCCGACUAAGGCUACUGGCUGAGACUGGCCCCAACUUGCUGCAGGAAUUGGGGGGACCCUGGAGAGCUCAGCUGAGAACAGGGGCCUCAGUGCACAGAUGGGGGACCCACCCACGUCCCCCCCCCCACCACACCAACGACCAGGGGCUGAGACCAGGCCGGACUCGCUGCAGGAACGGGGAACCCCCCCACGCCUGAGACCAGCCACGCCUCCUGAUGCCCCCGGGUGGGCAAAGACGGGGGCUCCUGCCCCCCCCCCCAGAGCUGCCCCGGGGUGGGGGGGGG